UGAUUGCGCACCUGCGCGGCCUUGCUUUUAUCUCACAGCACACCAAGGAUGUUCUCAUGUGAACAUCCUCUCUGUUUGACAGUUGAAAUGAUGAAUGGAGUUGUUUUCUUGUAAGAAAAUCCUAUAAAAGCUUGAAUGACCAGAACAGGCUAACCCUUCCUUCUGAUGGGAUCUGCAGGGCAUGAUGCCACUCUCCAGUGCCGCACAACACGGAACUCCUGGCAUCUAAAGUCCUCCCCUUCUCGUCAAUCCCAUUAAUUGGUACCCACCGUCUGAGGAAGGAACAACUUCGUGGACUGUUGGGACACCCCGGAGGACUACUUUUAAGUACUGCUGGAAAGAAGCAGGACACCGUGCCCACUGGAUCGAGCCUGGAUUGAGCCCAGAAGGAUCUCCUGCUAUGACAUUACAGAUCUCUUUGGGACUCUGUUGGUGUUAAACUCUGUGAUGCGACCACCCAUGGAGAUUUGACGGCUCCUAAGUUACUCCUGGCAUAUCGUGUGCUUAUUGAAAUUUUUAGUAAGCAGUCUAGUCCGGCUGCAUCUUUGGUAGUCUCCUCAGCUCCCCUGCUGCCACUCCCAGCUGCUCCACCCUUAGCCGCUUCUAAUUCCACAAAGGAGGGGGAAAGUGAGAAAGGGACAGGAAUCUAUAAAUUGAUUGUGGGGAUGCAAGAGCAGGAAAAUGAUUCUAGCUCUGAAGAAGAAACUUAUCCACUGGACCCCAGUCAAACAGAUUCUGAACGGCAACCUGAUUUGCUCCCUUUGGACCCUAGAGAUCCUCCAAUUCUUUUUAAAUCAAGGGAUUCUCCAAAAAACAACUUAAAAUUGACUGAUUGGGCUGAUAUAAGGCGUAAAGCAAUAAAAGAGGGAGACUUUGGCUUAGCUCAUGAACAACUUCUAGUUAUGCCAGUCAGAUAUGGGAGAGAGAAUGCUAAUCUGAGAUGGGAACCGAUGACGUAUGACGAAAUUAAAAACUUGCGGAAAGCUGUUAAAGAAAGUGGCUUGGGCUCACCAUACUUUAAACAAUUAUUGGAAGCCAUUUAUGGCAAUUAUGAUUUAACACCGUAUGACUGUCGUUAUGUUUCAUCCGUGAUUUUAACGGAAUGGCAGUAUGUUUUGUGGGAUGUAAAAUGGCGGAGUCUUCUUAAUGAACUGAUAGAAAAGUAUGCAGGAGGUCCUAAUGCUGCACUUACAAUCAUUCAUUUGGCUGGAGACCCGCCACACGAGAAGGCAGAAGACCAAGCAGCUGGGUUGCCUAGAGCAGUACUUACUGAUAUUAAAGAUGCAGCUCAAGAAGCUCUCUUGCAAGUUCAGCCGAUAGGAAGCCCUGAAGGCAUUUACACCAAAAUAAGACAAGGGACGUCAGAGCCAUUUACUACAUUUGUAGACCGCUUGACACAAGCAAUUGAAAGGCAAUGCAAAGAUGUCUUAGCCCAUCCACUUCUGCUCCGCAUUCUUGCCUUUGCUAAUGCUAAUGAUGAGUGUAAGCAAAGCAUUCAAGCCUUACCUGAUAUAGAGCCAACCCUGCCUCAAAUGAUAGAAGCUUGCAGUAAAAUUGGCAGCCCGCGACAUAUUGCAACAAUACAAGCAAACAUCUUAGGAGAGAGGCUUGAAAGGGCUUUUGUGGCUCUGGCAGAAGUGAUGGACCAGAGACUUGUCAAAACCCUUGCUGCUCUCAAUUUAGUACUUCAACAGAAUAAUUCCAUGGCAGUAUUGCAAGCUGAGACUGUUAAAGGAUCUUGUUACAGGUGCGGAAAGCCAGGACAUGUAAUAAAUAACUGCCCAGAGCCCAUGGGAAGCACAAAACCACCUAAUUGUUGCCUUAGCUGCAAGAAAGGGAGACAUUAUGCAAAUCAGUGCCGCUCCAAGUUCGAUGUUGAUGGAAAGCCCUUGUCGGGAAACUCAAAAAAGAGCGCACAGCGCCACCGCGCAACAACACAAAUAGCAACAACUCAACAACCUGGAAUCUUUCCGGGGCAGAAUAUAUGAAGAACCUCAAUCAGAUCCUGUCGCUGUUGUGUUAAGGGUGGCUGAAUGAGUGACAUGGACUCUAAUCUCCUUAGAAGGCAUAUAUCCAAGUUUAUUAGAAAGUCUACCUUUUUAUAGACUUUUUUGAUACAGCUGGACAUGAUUGGUCUUUUAAUUAACGCCCCUCACCAUCAUUGGAUAAUUAGAAAUGACACUCCUUUGUAAAUAUCUUGCAAAUCAACAAGUGCAAACACUAGGUGCAAGGAUUGUUUUGAAUUCUUUCACUGAACUUACUCACAGCUCCCCAGACCAGUGCCUGGGAAAGUUUAUUUGACUUUCUCUCUCACAGGCCUUGCUGCUGUCUGAUGCUUGAAAAUUUCUCUCUGACUAGGCUGUCAGCAUCCACAAUUCCCUCUUUUUGUUUUAAAGCAAGAGAUAGUGUUUGUGAUCCCCUGCAGGGCCCUUCACUGAAAGGAGAACAAACACAGCCCAAGGGGGUCUCUUUAGUAGUUUGCCAGUUUUUAAACAGAACCUCAAUCAGACACUGACUUAGAGUGGUCAGGGAGAUUCUCUAGCACAUGCCAUCAAAUUCUUCACAAUCACGUCCAUACACCAACAUAUGUCUUGCUCUUCAUUCUUGUAAGGAGCCAGUUACUAAUUCUAAUACAGUAAACAAAACAUCAUUAGUCUGCUCAAAGAACUGGCAGUCUAACUUGUCAACACUCACUACUCAAACAAAAGAAAAGAUAGAAUGCUCAUUCUCUACUUGUAGGAGGAUUGUCCAACUGAUGAUUGACAUCCUGAUCAACAUUUGAAGGUUGUCUGUUGGCCCCAUACUGUUUUUGGGGUCUCAGGGUGAAUGCACCUUGCAAGUAUCCACUGUACCCCAAUAUCUGUGGAAAGGCAUGCAUACCCACGACCCCAAGCAAUAAGUUCUCACAGGCCUUCCCACUUAUUAGUGGUUAGAUCCCGCACCCAGAAUUUCACUCAAGGCAGGUGCAUCUUGCCUGAAGACUGCAAUGAAAAAAAGUGAUUCAAAAUGACAGGAUUGUUUGAAUUUUGUGGCACUGUAAGGUGAUUAAUUGUAUAUAGAGCCUUUUCCAAUCGACUGUGUAGGGUUUUUCCAGGUAUUCUCCCUUUUUGUUUUUCUAGAACACGCUCUAAAGUGACAUGAGUGCACUCAACAAUAGUUUGACCAGUUGGAGAAUGUGGAAUACCAAAUCUGUGCCACGCUCCCCAUAAACUUAAAAACUGCUGCAUCUUUUGCAAGACGUAGGCAGGACCAUUAUCAGUUUUCACAGAAGAAGGUAUGCCUAAGAUUGCAAAAGCCAUCCUCCAAGGGCAAUAACAUCGCGACCCGUUUCUCCAGUAAGAGCAGGUGCCCACAUAGCAGAGGGCAAAGUGUCAAUAGACACGUGCAUAAACUUAAAUGGGCCAAAAUUGACAAUUCUUGGGUUGGUUUUCCCAAGAUAUGUCGGUUAAGAGUCUUUUUUCCCUUGAAAGUCUGUGCCAGAAGCAGAAGAAAAAUUUGGAGUUUGCCAGUUCAGGUUUCUCAAAGUUGUUUAUUAUUUCUAAUCUCUCAGUUCUUUUAGCGCCACGCCAAGGUCCUUGCUGCAGCGAGGGCAUGAGGCAACUCCUCCCAGAUCAGGAGGGCUCAGACCUUUUGUACCUUUUCCCUGAUCCAACCAUUGUCCACAAUGUAUUUUUUAUUUACAAUUAAUUACCAAUACCUACUACCUAUGUUAGAUAUGUCACUUCUAUGCUAAACUAAUCUUCAGUGACCCACUGUCACAAUUCGACACGAAAGAACCGCACAAGGACACAGUGAUGAUCAAAGCAAGAAAAGCCCUGAAUUAUUUACAAAACUCAAUUUUAUACAUUUCCAAACGUGCCUGUGGAUUGGAGGAUGAAAUCCCACCUCUCAAACCACAUUGGUCAAGCCAACUCUCAAUCAACUUUCUCCUCCUACCUAAAAAUAUGUAAACAAUGAAGGACAGUUAGCAAAACAUGGCUAUUAUUUAUAGUAGAAAGUGUGAGAGAAUAAAAAUUCUGACUCCAAUAUGAAGGAUAAAUCAGAAGGCUUAGGAAAGUCUUUGAAAACAGAACGACAUCUCACCAUUUUUAUUUUUUAAAAAAAAGAAAAUGGAAAAAGAAAAAUUAACAAUUUUUACAAAGGGAAAAAACUGUACAAUGUUCAGUCAUUGUUUGUGAAGGAAUCAUCAGAAUGAUCAUUUGUGUCGUCUGCAUCCGAGUCAUCACUCGAGGAUUCAUCCACGAUGACCUUCAGCUUGGUCACAGCUUCCACCUCGCCUGUCAGCCGGACUGUGCCUCUGCAGUCAUAGGUCAGGAUGGACACAAUUCCAAGGUACCCAGUGUGCCCCGGUAUCUGUGGACACAAACAUGUACCCACGCCCCAUAACAAUCAAGUCAUAAGGUCCUUCCCAUUGUUUGGUGACUAAAUUCCAGACCUGAACCUUUACUUGAGGCUGAUACAUAUCAUCAGAAGCCUGCAACGAGAGGUGAUGGUUCAAAAUGACAGGGUUAUUUGAGUUCUGCUGCACCGUAAGGUAGUUGAUGGUGUACAAAGUCUUUGUCAAACGACUGUGCAGGGUUUCACCCUGCAUUCCCCGUUUUUGCUUCUGGAGAACAUGCUUGAAUGUACCAUGAACGCGUUCUAUAAUCGCCCGUCCUGUCGGAGAAUGAGGGAUGCCAGUUGUGGUUCACACCCCAUGACUGUAGGAACUGCCAUACCUGUUGAGAGGCAUAAGCAGGACCAUUGUCGGUUUUCUCCGCAGAAGGUAUGCCAAGAACAGCAAAGGCCUGCCUCCAGUGGGCAAUGACAUUGUGAGCCUUCUCCCCAGUGUGAACUGAAGCCCACAUCGCAGAGGAGAAUGUCUCCACCGUGACAUGCACAUACUUGAGCCAGCCAAACUUGGCUACCUGGAUGACAUCGGUCUGCCAAAGCUCCAAGGCCUUAAGGCCCCUGGGGUUAACCCCUGCCGGCAAUGGCGCACCAAGGGCGUGGACAAUUGUCACAAGACUCAACAAUCUCACGAGCCUCAGUGGCCGUCAGGUGGAAAUGUUUCUGCAGCAUAUGUGCAUUUUGGUGGAAAAACCCAUGCAAUACCUUGGCCUGCAUGAGUGUAUCAGGCUGAGGAGCUACCCAAGCUGGGUUAGCCAACUUGUCAACCCUCGCGUUACCUUCUGCUACAAACCUGGCAAAUUUGUGUGACUUCGAGCGUGCAGAACGUAAUAGGGAGGAACCCUGGAUUGAAUUGCACACCACAGGGUCUUCAAUAAAUGAAACAAGGCAGGAUUACUGAUCUUCUUCAAAACUGAAUAACCCAAUUGCUGUGCGAUGUCGGCAACAUAGGCGGAAUCUGUGAUCAAAUUGAAAUGUUCCUGGGAAAAUUUCUCAAAUGCCAUGACAGCAGCCCUUAGUUCAACAAGUUGGGCUGACCCAUCCUCAUGGCCUUUCAAAACCUGCCACUCAGAUCCAUCCUGCCAGGUAACAAUGGCCAUUCCUGUCUUGCCCGAACUGUCAGUGAAGACUGUGGGUCCUUGCACUGGCUCCUGGCUGGUUUUGGGUAGUAGAGAAAUUUGAGUGUUUUUUGCUACUUGCAAUAGCUUGUGGCUGGGCAGAUGGUAAGCAAUCUACCCUGAAAAACCCUCAAGAGCACUUUGCAGUGAAACAUUGUUCACAUAGCUCAAAUCAAAUUCCUCCCUCUGAACCAGGAGUAUGAUUUUUGAGGGAUCUGCACCCAUCAAUUGCAAACAGCAUUGCCGGCACUUGAUUAUCAAGCGAGCAAUCAGCUCAAACAAUGCAGUCGCCAUUUUAUGUGGCUGAUGAGGCAAGAAGACCCAUUCCAAGACAUGCAAGUGGUCAGACCAAUUGUCAUUCCAUUGACCAAUGAUACCUGUGGGAUGUAAUUCCAAAGUGGUUAUGAAUACAGUGAUAUCAACGGAAGGUUCAAUGCGGUAAACCUGGCAAGCAAAAACAGCUUGCUGAACCUCCUCCAGCACUUUAUGUCUCUCAGGAGUCAAUUCGCGAGCAUCUCGCAUCAAGAAAAGGAGCAGAGUGGAGCUGGCUGCUGGUGAGCUUGCACAGUGCUCACAGAGACCAGAUGAUCAGCAGCAAGAAGCGCAGCAAGUGAUUCCCUGAUUGCAGAGGCCAGACGGGAUCAACGUUUCAGUGUUUCAGACCUCUAUAAAAACUCUUUCAAUUGAUAGAACAUGAGAACAAAUGAACUUACAAACACCAGUUCUCUUCCCAAUCAGGAAAAACGAAAAGGUGAAGACACAUGAGGUGAACAAAAUGGUGACACUAAGGUCGGUGCAAAAGAGGGAAGGAGAGGAGGAGGUGCUCCAGAGCGUCAGAGCUGAGAUUCUUCUGCAAGUCGUGGUGAGGACUAUAAGAUCAGUGGACUGUUUCCUUGUAAUUCAUGAAUUGCAUGGGGGGACAGAGCAUUCACCCAUAGCUCAUGAGUGAAGAGUGUGUGGAUGCUGAAAAGCUGUGAUCUGGUGAGAGUCUCGAAAUAAGAGUGAGAGGACUCCUGCUUCUAGGGAUAGAAGAAGAAGAGCCUUGGUUUUAUGCUAAAACAUCUCGUCCUUAAAACAAAACCCCUUAACUAAAUGGCCCACGAAGAAAGGCAGUUGUGAGAGGACUGCUUUGCCUGUGGGAGGGACUUCAUGUUGCAGCAGAUUUCAGGCAGACUGCUUCUCGUGAAAAUUAGAACCAAGUUGGAAAAUUUCACAGAGAACUAUCUCCUGUGGGAAGGACCCCAUGGCAUAGCAAAAGAGACUCCUCUCCCUAAGUGAACUGAAAAAAGAUUUUUAGAAGUACCAAUGAAAAAGUACUGACUAAAAAGUCCUGGUUUUGUGUCCAUGUGCAGUUGGUGGGAAAGAAAAGGCUAGGGGAAGAAAAGGUGUUCUAAAAGUUUAUUCCUGUUCUCAUUGUUAUAAAUGCUAAUCCACAAGUCCAAUUAAAAACACAAUUUGGUUUAUUAAAAGAUCAAGUUACAGAAUUUUGGUAAAAACCCCCAGCAGAGUUACGUUGAUGAUAUACCCAGGAUCGUCAAUGCGUGAACUGGGACGCAGUAUCUGGCACACUGCCGUCCCCCCAAAGUUCAAAAAUUGGCCUUGUUCGGGGCUCAGGUUUCAUACACUUUAUUUUGCCCCUGGAAAAUAAAGUGUAUGAAAUAAAUUCCUGGGACUGGUUAUUCGAAUUCAUAGUCGUCUCUGGUCGGCCAAAAAGAUUUUCCUCCAGUACUGCGAGGUGUCAAUUUCGGUCUUCCUGUGGGUGAAUGGAAACUGAAGUUUAUGAAUGGAGGGUUGUUCUUCUCCAGAGAUCCAGGCUAUGAUGGUGCUCUGAUGGCUCUGCUGCCCACGGGAGGAGAACUGAUUUCUUAUCUUAAUGUGUCCUUCUUUCAGAUGCCUAUCCCCUCAUCUACAGUUCCUGGCACCUUAUUGUGUCCCCCUGAAUAGUGGUUACUGGGUGGUGGCACCUAGGAAUUCUAAUUCCAUGGCUGACUGGAAUUUAGGUUACAAUUUAUUUUAUAUUUUACCAAACCAUGAUUUUAUUAUGUUAUUAUCCUCAAAAAACACGAAUUAACCUGCUACAUUUAUUACAUCGUUAUCCUCUUUUAAUUCUGUUAAUAAAUUUUUUUGUUAUCCCUUUCAAAAUUUUGAGCCUCUUCUGCCUUUUAUUAAAGUGUUUUCUCCUAAUUCUUACCCCAUGAAUUUUCUUUCCCCCUCCUAUGCUUAACUACAGCAGAGGAGAAUGAAUAAAUGAUUUUUGCACUGGUGUUUGGCCAACCUCAAACCUGAUACAACAGUGCUAGCUACUGUCUUCACAUUUUGGUCAGAUAAAACUAUUCCUCUCUAGGCCUGGGAAUUAAGCACUCCUUACUGUCUCAGGCCCUGAGAAAUGGAGUGAGUUGUGGGGGGAGCAAACUGGGGGUACAUGACUUGGUUAUGUGAAGGUGCAAUUGGAAGAUUAAAUCCCAAUAUGCAAAUAGACCAAACUUAAAAGUGUGAAAACUCAUGACCUGUCAUCCAUUUUUUGGGUGUAGCCCCUGGGUGAGGUUUGUC